AUGGCUGGGGACAUGGUGGUCGGGAUGCUGUACAACUUAUUACUGCCACUCAACCUGCUAGCUGCUGCUGCUUUCCGAUACAAUGGACUGUCCGUGAUCUACUUCCUGUUUGUACUUAUGUUGCCGCUGAUGCCGAACCCAAGUUUGGCAACAAUGAAAGGUAACACGGGAGGAUUCCUGCGGAAGAUAAUCUAUACUAGUUUGAUGUUCCUCACCCUGCAGUGUUUCAUGCAGAUCCCUUUUGCCUACAUCACACCAGAGGUUAGUGGCUUCUGGGAGGAUGUCCUCUACCAUGUGGGUAUUGUGAGAUUCAUUUCUGUCGACCCAGGGAACAUUGUACGCCUCCUAGCACCAGACAUUGGCCUUCUUGUUUCCACACUCUUCAUACUAAGACUCUGCAGAAAACUACUAAGAGCAGCACCUCAGGUCAACCUCCACGAAAAUGGGAUCCCACCCUCUGACUCAGAGGACCUGGAAACCUCCGAUACAGAGUCUGAUGAAGGGAGCGAAUGCUCUGACAGCUCAGACGAGAGCACGGUACCUGUUGAGUCAGUUCCGCCUCAGUUUGUUCAGAAGUUCCUGAUGUUUGCGGCUGGCUUUAGGCUGUUGUUAUCAACUAUUAUGAACACUGCGGGCAAAGUGGUAGUCACUUUAUUACUCGGACUGGCUGGUAUCACCCUACCGUCCCUUACCUCUGGUGUAUAUUUUGGAACGUUCCUUGGAUUGGUGUGGUGGUGGAUACUUGGCCGAUCGACCAGCCUGCUUCUUUUCAGCUCUCUCUGUGUCAUGAUGACUAUCUUCAGUGGAGGGCACCUUCUAGCCCUCUAUGUUUACCAGCUUCCUCUGUCCCAGCAGCUGGUACCACCUGAUGAUGUCUUUGCUAGGCUGUUUGGAAUGACUGGCGUGAUCCGAACUAACAGUUCUGACCCGUAUAUGCUCGGUCUCCAGCCCAACGUCACCUGGCCAGACUUCAUCAACCCUUUUGUUUUGCUGCUGUUGUAUUACACAUUGGUUACUCUGCUACACAAAUGGGUCCAAAUCACAGAUGAGGAAAACUUUAACGGUGAAGAUAGUCCAAUUUACACUCCAGAUGCUCCCCCAAGCUUCUCCAGAGUUGUGUACAUCACGGGAGAUAAGCAUGAUCUCUUGAGCAGCACAGAGGAGGAAACGUAUCUACCAAACGAGCCAAUGAUUUUAAUGAAAGGAAACUCAUGGCAAGGGGUCUAUGGAGAGGAUCAAGGAAGCUUGCUUGGAGGUGCCGGAUACACCAAUUGUUACCCUCUCUCACAGUAUGAAGGCAUAAAUUCACCUGUCCCUUCAGCUACGGAGAGCCAAGGUGUAAUGGAGAGGACUGACCAGUCCUUGGCCAGUCUCACAGAAAAUUCUUCUCCCGACUCUAGCCCAAGUGGUCUAGUUAUCUUUGGAAAGCUGCUCCAAAAACACAGCUAUGUCAGCGGUCUAAUCAUCAUGAUGGUGUGGAGCAUAACCUACACCAACUGGCUGACCUUUGCCUUGCUUAUAUGGUCGUGUAUCAUCUGGAUGAUGCGAGAUCGGCGCCGAUAUGCUAUGAUGUCCGCCCCCUUCUUGGCAGUGUAUGGCACGGUUCUCGUGGUUUUAGGCUUCGUCAGUGGCUUACGCCUGAGCCGGGCCGAGCUGUACCCUGGUCUGCCUCAGGCUGUCAUAGAGGACUUUGAUCUGAACAGUUAUCACCCUGCUCCUUGCAUCCACUUGGGACCAAAGGUUUUCUACACAUUCAGCUUCUGGUUGAUGUUUCGCCAGCAGCUGAAGGAAAGACAAGAGGAGCAGAAGCUGAAGGCCAAAUCGCUUGAUGAAAUCAAAGUUAUUCAAACAGAGGAAAACCAGCCCUCUCCAGUUAUGGCCAUGCUAAUCUCGGGAGUGAAAGGUGUCCUAGUCAAAUACUGGAUCCUCUUCUGCUGUUCCAUGUUCUUUGUGGUCAGCUUCUCUGGAACGGUGGUUGUUUACAAGAUUCUUUACAUUGUCCUAUUCCUCUCCUUCGUUGUUAUGUACCAGGUUCGUUUUGAUUUGUGGCGUCGAUACUUGAAGAUGUUCUGGGCGGUGGUGGUAGGCUACUCCAUGUUAGUGUUGAUCGCUGUCUACAUGUACCAGUUCCGAAGUGUGUCCGCACUCUUCCGACAGAUCCUGGGCAUGUCCGAGGAUGGUCUACGGGAUCUGGGUUUGGAACGCUAUGACACAGUAGAGCUCUUCACCCGCAUCCUGCUUCCUGCAGCGUUCCUCUUGGCUUGUAUUCUUCAGCUGCAUUAUUUCAACUCUGACUUCCUGACCCUCAGUGACAUUGGCAAUGUUCCUGUCCGAGAAAUUUCCAGAGAGGAACAACUGAGAAGUUCGGUCAACAUGAUUUCUGACAUUAUAAAAGAAAACAUUGAAAAGCUCCGGCAAAGACUUCGGAAGGAGAACAUAGGUAGUGGAAAAAGUCAGGAGACUCUGGACAACAUCGAACUGCAGAUGACGUCAGAAGGAGGUGAUGAACUGGAGCAGGAGGAGAUGAAGGGAGAAGAAACUAUGGCCAGCAAUUGUGAGGACAAGUGGGUUGUGAUUGUGGAUCGGGCCAGCCUGCUGCUCAUUCAGGCUAUCUUAGGCCUCCAGAAACUUCAGGAGCUAAGCUGGAGACUAAUGGAACUCCAUGGCUUCAAAUUUGUGUCAUCCGGCAUCAUUUGGGUAUCCUUGAAAGAGGUUUCUCUCAUGAACUCACUGUUCUUGGUUCUGUGGGUUUUUGCGAUCCCUUUUCAACGCUUACGGCCAACGGCAUCAAGCGUGUCUGCCGUAUGGGCCUGUGUUAUGGUGGUCUGCAAAAUGUUUUACCAGCUAAAGGUCAUCAAACCUCUUGACUACUCCUCCAACUGCACUGCAAAUGUUUUAUCAUCCAACAUCUCGCACCUGGAUGUUGGUGUUGAGAUGAGGGGGAACAUGAUGGAGCUGCUGAAGCGGUCCAUCCUCUACAUUGGGCCUGUGGAUCCCAUCUACUGGUGUGGUGCGCUGCUCAAGUGUGAAGGACGAAUCCUUCCUUGUCUCAGGAAUCAUCUGAUGGUGUUGGGCCUGCUGGUAUUUGAGGCGACUGUCCACCGCCACCAGCUGUAUUUCCGUAUCCACAACAACCUGAAACCACCCCCCUUCAGCAUCCUCUUCCACGGGAUCACGCGGCAGCACCUGGACCACGGCAUACGGCCUUGCAUAAAGUACUUUAUCAACUUCUUCUUCUACAAAUUUGGCCUAGAGAUGAGUUUCAUUGUGGCAGUCAAUGUGAUUGGUCAAAGGAUGGAUUUCUACGCCUUGCUACACUCGUUUGCUUUGAUGGCGGUCGUGUCGCGGCGCCGUAGGAAGGCCAUCGGAGAGGUUUGGCCAAAAUACUGCUGCUUCACAGCGGGUCUCAUAGUCCUGCAGUACUUACUCUGCAUCGGCGUCCCUCCUGCUUUGUGUGUUGAUUACCCUUGGAGGACUGCAGCUCAACCUUUAACCUCAAACGUUAUCAAAUGGUUUUAUAUGCCAGAUUUUGCCAUGAGUCCUAAUCCCUUAUUCAUUUUCUAUGACCACCUUUUGCUAUUGUGCUCAUCCUUGCAAUGGCAGGUUUUUGAGGAGGAGAACAGGGCAGCUGUACGACUGCUAGCUGGAGACAACGUGGAGAUCAGUCGCAGUCUCGACCCCAGCUCCUGCAACCAGUUCAUACCGGUGGACAACUUCCUUCACUGCAGGUCUUACCUUGACAUGGUGAAGGUGUUUGUGUUCAGCUACUUCUUUUGGCUGGUGCUUUGCCUCAUUUUCAUCACGGGCACCACUCGCAUCAACAUCUUCUGUAUGGGCUACCUGGUUGCCUGCUUCUAUUUCAUGUUAUUUGGAAGCAGUGUGCUGAUGCAACCUGUCAAAUACAUUCUGCGCCUGUGGGACUGGCUCAUUGGCUACACUUGCUUUGUGAUCGCAAUGAAGAACCUUCUGUCUCUUGGUUCCUGUGCAUACUUGGGCAGCCUGUUGAAGAAUGGCUGCUGGUUAAUUCAGGCCUUCAGUAUGUUCUGCACCAUAAAAGGCUACGAUGUCCCCGAACCAGAUGAGGAGUGUGAGCUGCCUGAAGGCGAGGCCGGCAUCGUAUGGGAUGCAAUCUGUUUCACUGUCCUUUUAGCCCAGAGAAGGGUCUUCCUCAGCUACUACUUCCUUUAUGUGGUGGCUGACCUAAAGUCUGCCAAGAUAUUGGCGUCCAGGGGUGCUGAGCUUUUUGAGGCCAAGGUAAAAAAGCAGGUUGCCGCCCGGCUCGAAAUGGAACAGAAAUCUGUGGAGACACUGAAGAAACAGAUGGAGAAGAUUAAAUCCAAACAGAGGAGUCGGCCCACGCCAGCAGACAAAUUAGGGCUUCCGGUUGAUCAGAAAUCAGAGAGACUGGAUGAUGAAGAGAAGGCAAAGAGGGAUGCAGGAAAAUGGUGGAAGCCUUGGGUCUCACGACCUGGAGUGGAAAACAAUUGUGGCUACCACCUAUUUGAGAGUGACAGUGAAGAGGAAGAAGAUGAGGAUCCAGAAAAGAAAGAAGAAGAACCUCCAAAGAAGAAAUCAGCUUUUCAGUUGGCUUACAACGCCUGGGUCACCAGCUCCAAAUCAGCUUUGAAGGACCUGAGCAGAGAGAAGAGGCGAAUGAAGAAAGAGGAGAAGAAGAGAGCAAAGCUUCUGGCACAGCAAAGUAUUGAUAGAAUUAACUCAAGCGAGGAUGAACUUGAUGAAAGCACAACGAAAGAAGAAAGUGAAGAAGACAAAGAAAACAUCCUCCAGCGCAUCGUCAACACCUUGAAAUUUGGCAUCGCGUUCCUGCAGUCACUUCUUGAUGACCUGACUCAAGGUCUGAACUCGUUCUGCAAAGAAAACCUGGACAUUUCCAAAGUGCUGCUUUUUGAGAGAGCUCUACUUAGCCAGCAGCAGAAGAAGGGCAAAGAGGUGAGCCAGCAGAGCGUGAAGCAGUAUUAUGAGAGCUGGUUGUCCCGUCAGAACACUCUGUCCUCACCUGGAGAAAAAGAGGACUCGGUGCCUCCUACCUCGCCACCACCUUCUCUACCCUCCUCCCGCCAUGCCUACGUCAAACUCAAAAGUCAGGCCUCCAAAAUGUCAUGGGCGAGCAGCGUCUCCAGCUGUAUGACAGAGGAGACCAUGCUGGGUUCCCGGCAGCCGACUCAAGAGGAGCUUGAUGAACCACCUGUAACGACGGUUGCAAACCAUCUCAGAAAAAGGCUGCGGAAGACUGCCAAUGUUGACUGGACCUCCUAUGAAGCUGAUGAGCUCUCACUGAGUGGCUGUGAGACAAACAACAGUGAGCAAGAAGAGGAUGAAGAUGAAGAAACACAAGGAAAUUGGUGUGAGCAAGAGGAAUAUGAUAGAACAGAGCAACAAGAUGAAAGAGUAGAGGUAGAGGAACAGGAAGGUGAACCCAGACAAAUUGAGGAAGAAGAUUACCAAGAAAACCCUGAAUGCACUUCUCUUGGCUUCAAAGAAGACAUUUUAGAAACAAGUAUGGAUGCCUCUGAUGCACCAAGACCUCUAAGUCAGGAAACAAGGAACCUCACCGCCAGCGAGUUGCUGCUCAACAAAAUGUUUGAAAACGACGAGAUCUCAGAGUCAGACAAGUUUUUCCUGACACUUCCAAGGCCACUGAAGCUGAUCUUUGCCCUCUACAACACCAUGGUUUCCAAGUCAGAGAUGCUCUGCUACUUUGUCAUCAUCCUCAACCACAUUGUGUCUGCGUCACUCCUUUCCCUCAUUCUGCCUAUUCUCAUCUUCAUGUGGGCCAUGUUGUCUGUGCCCCGGCCCACCAAACGCUUCUGGAUGACUGCUAUCAUCUACACAGAGCUGAACGUGGUGGUGAAGUACUUCUUCCAGUUUGGUUUCUUCCCCUGGACCACCUCUGCCUACCGCGGCAUCAAUGCCGAGCGUCCUUUCGCCCUGCCUAACAUCAUUGGUGUGGAGAAGAAGGAUGGCUAUGUCCUCUUCGACCUCAUUCAGCUGCUUGCUCUGUUCUUCCACCGCUCCAUUCUCAAGUGUCACGGGCUGUGGGACAACAAGGAAGUGGAGAUGCCAGAUUUCUUCAAGAAGCUCAAGAAGAAGGUGGACAAGAAGAAAAUUACUGGAGGAGAAAAGGAAAAACAACCUCGUCGACUCAAGUUUCUCCCUCUGCAGUCUUCCACCACCUCCAUCUUUCGGAAGCUCAAGAAAGGAAACUCAGCAGAAUCAGAUGUGGGCAAACCCAAGAGAGAGAACAGCAAGAAGAAAAAGCGGCGUCGACAAAAAGCCCCUCUGACCAGGAGACAGAGGAUCAGGCAGCUGAUCAGAGAGCGGAUGCUCCAGGUUAAAACCACCAUCAUUGAAGUGGCCCUUCACAUCUACUUACCCAUAAGGCAGUUUUUCUAUGACAUCAUCCACCCCGACUACAGUCCUGUGUGUGACGUCUAUGCCCUAAUGUUUCUCAUCGAUGUCGUCAACUUCAUCGUCACCAUUUAUGGAUACUGGGCCUUUGGGAAAUACUCUGCAGCAGCUGACAUCACCGAGUCGCUGUCUGAGGACCAGGUCCCUGAAGCCUUCCUCGUCAUGUUGCUCAUUCAGUUCGGCACCAUGAUAGUAGACAGGGCUCUCUACCUGAAGAAGUCUCUACUGGGAAAGUGUGUUUUCCAGGUGGUGUUGGUGUUCGGCAUACACUUCUGGAUGUUUUUUAUCCUACCCGGUGUCACUGAAAGGAGGUUCAACCGUAACCCUGUCGCCCAGCUGUGGUACUUUGUAAAGUGUAUUUACUUUGGCCUAUCGGCGUACCAAAUCAAAUGUGGCUACCCGAAUCGCAUCCUGGGAAAUUUCCUUACCAAGAACUUCAAUUACCUCAACCUUUUCCUCUUCCAAGGGUUUCGUUUGGUCCCUUUCCUGACAGAGUUGAGGGCCGUGAUGGACUGGGUCUGGACCGACACCACUCUUUCCCUGUCUAGCUGGAUAUGUGUCGAGGACAUCUAUGCCAAUAUAUUCAUCCUUAAGUGCUGGAGGGAGUCUGAAAAGAAAUUCCCCCAUACGCCAGGACAGAAGAAGAAAAAAGUGGUGAAAUACGGAAUGGGAGGAUUCCUCAUUUUUGCUCUCAUCGGCAUUAUCUGGUUUCCGCUGCUCUUCAUGUCUCUCGUCCAAUCAGCAGCCGGCGUCACAAAUCAGCCUGUUGAUGUGUCUAUUCAACUCAGCAUUGCUGGAUAUGAGCCUCUGUUCACCAUGAGCGCCCAGGAGCAGAACUUGGUUUCAUACUCAGAAGCAGGAUUCAACCGGCUCACCAAAAUCUAUGCAACUUUCCCAUCUGCGAUGCAGUUCAUCAUGAACUACGAGGCCGAGGACAUCAUUGUUGCAAAGAUCAAGAGCGAUGCCAGCCUGCUUUGGGCUAUCAGCCCAGCCAGUCGGGAGGCAAUGAUCCAGGAGCUCAGCACCUCCCCUCAUUUAUACAUGACACUACGCUGGACACUGCUCAGAAAUGCCUCCAUAUCGAUGAAUGCCAAGACGGUGGGGGAAAACACAGUGAAGUCUGAAGACAAGGCUUUGAAAGAAGGGAUUGUCCACAUGCUCAAAGGCGAUAGCAGCAAACAUGUGAUCAUUAACUCUCUGCUGCCCAAGUUUCUAAGGGGUAACAAAGGACCAGAGUCCAAAAUGGCAACCAGGAUGAACGUAGGCCAUACUGACCGUCCAGACCUCCUGGCUUUCUUCAGGCCCCUGUCAAUGAAGCUCCGAAAGGGCAACGGCACUUCGGAGCAAGAGGCGGACCAGUGGUGGAUGGUACAGGAAUGCUCCCCCACAUCAGACUCCUCUGACCCAAAGUGUGACAGCAUUGAGAUUGUGGUGUUCAGUGACAAAGUCAGUCCCUCCAGUCUUGGAUUUUUGGCUGGACACGGGAUCGUCGGCCUCUACAUGUCAGUGGUGUUGGUCAUCGGCAAGUUUGUGAGGGAAUUCUUCAACGGCAUCUCACGCUCAAUCAUGUUCGAGGAGUUACCAUACGUGGAUCGUGUCCUCAAGCUGUGCACGGACAUCUUUGUAGUGCGCGAGACCGGUGAAAUGGAGUUGGAGGAGACGCUCUUCGAGAAGCUCAUCUUCCUGUACAGAUCCCCCGAGACCAUGAUCAAGAUGACCAGAGAAAAAGACAGCUAGAUAGGGAAUUUUGUAGAUUUUGUCCACCGUUGGAUGCCGUUCAAUAUGUUGCUGAAAAUGAACUAUUCUACCACUAAAGAUUUUGUAAAUGACUCAAGUAGAGAAGAAUGGGACUUAUACAAAGCAAGAAGGGGUUUACAUGAUAAUGUAUGAUUGCACAUUAUGAUAUACUGCAGGUGUUUAAUCAUAAAUACAUAAUGGUUGCCAGCUAGAUGCACAAAUGUUGACUGCAUGAAUUUCCUAUAGAGUGAACAAAUGGAUGUUAACAUUUGAUUUUGUAAAUAAAUAUGGAAC